ACAACGACCCCUUGAGCUUGAUUAAGUAGCGGAAAUCGAACUUACCCUGGCACUUAACAGCACUUUGUUGUUUGAUGUUAGAUGUACGACAUCCUUCACCCAUCCACAGACGAACUGAUUAUACGAAUCUAGUGCCUUGUAUGCCUUCAGAUCGGCCAGGGAGUACGCAGAUUGUGUGUAAACAAGGUAGUUCACAAUGUCGGGGUAGGCAAUUCCAGGCCUUCAACACAGCUGGUGCCUGUCUAUGCAAGCAGAAUGACUGACACUAGCUCAGUUAGGCUGAAUAUUGAUGAACCAAGAUGGGAUCAAAAUACAUUCAUGGGGCGCAUGAAGCACUUCAUGUCAAUCACAGACAUGCGCACGGUUCUCUGCUCAACCUCCGAAUUAGAAAAUGCCAAGAAGCUGGUUAACAGUUACAGGUUGGGUCAGGAGCCUCUGGGGACGACAGAAGAGCAACUGUGGCGUGCGAAGCAGCUGUACGAAUCAUCGUUCCAUCCUGACUCGGGAGAGCUGCAGAACGUGAUUGGUCGCAUGAGCUUCCAGGUUCCUGGGGGCAUGGCUAUCACUGGCUGCAUGAUGCAGUUCUACCGGACAAACACAGCUGUCAUAUUUUGGCAGUGGAUCAACCAGUCCUUCAACGCACUUGUGAAUUACACAAACAGAAAUGCCGAAUCUGACAUGACUCCUAAGCGAAUAGCAAUUGCUUACGUGACCGCGACCACCAGCGCAGUCUUGACCGCUAUCGGACUAAAGAAUGUUUUAGCCAAGAGGGCAUCACCCCUAAUGCAGCGAUUUGUACCAUUUGCUGCUGUGGCAGCUGCUAACUGUGUCAACAUACCUUUAAUGAGGCAGAGUGAAAUUGAAGAUGGCAUCAUGUGUGCAGAUGAAAAUCGAAACAAGGCUGUACAAUCGCAGGUGGCAGCCGCAAAAGGGAUAACUCUAGUGUUGGCGUCGCGUAUUUUCAUGGCUGCUCCUGGCAUGCUCCUGUGCCCAAUAAUGAUGGAGCGACUGGAAAAGACGCGCUGGAUGCAGCGCAUAAAGCUGCUUCAUGCACCCAUCCAGGUCAUGAUGGUGGGAUGCAUUUUGGUUGUCAUGGUACCAACGGCUUGUUCUCUAUUUCCACAGUGGAACUCAAUUAGCACUGAGACACUAAAGAAGUGGGAGCCAAAGAAGUAUAGUGAUCUACAAGAUAAGUAUCACGAUAACAUGCCCAGUACCAUUUAUUUCAAUAAAGGCUUGUAAUGCCGGGUUUUCUAGACAAAUUUUACCAAUUUCGAAGCAAAGUUACUAUACCAUUAAUUAUGUUACCAGACAUAUGGUUUACGAUUGGUUAUUUUACAUGUUAAUCUCAAGUGCUGGCACUGCAAUCUAUUGAAUAAUAAUCAUGUGAUGCUAACACUUGAUAGUGUUUUAAAUCUCCAUAGUUGCGUGAUAGUUUUAUCUGAAGUAUACUGUCAAAAGUGACUGGUUGUAUUAUUUUAAUGUUUGAAGCCAGUGACAUUUUAAUUAGGGUAGAAUGAGGUAGCAGAACUUGCUUGAGCAUUUGGUCAUUCUAACAGAAUGUUUCUUUUUCUUAUUAUGCUGUAUGUGUUGCAAAUUAUAUAAGGUUACACACUAUGCUGUGAAGGUUAUAUAGGUUAUUAGCAUAUCUCCAAGAGGCAUCCAACAACAAAACGUGAUAGUAAGUUAGUUGCUCAAAAAGUCUUCCAUGUUAGAAAUGGGCAAAUAACAGUAUUAUAUUGAUGAUGUUGUGAUAGUUCCAUUUAAAUAAUGUAUAGUAUGAUGUGAUCCAGGAGGGAAAACUGAGAACGUGACUGGUGGGAUUAUUUUUCUGCGAAUUGUACAUUUAUAUCUACGUGUGAAGACAAAUCACAGCAUAAUCAUGGUUUAUUGGUAAAACAAUGUUAUAUGGUUAUUGUAGUUUCACUUAUUUUUCUAUCAAAAAUUAAAAAAAUCGUACAUUAUUACUAAA